GAAGAGGAGGAGGUUAUCCAGUUUCUUCUAGAGUUUCUGCUGGAGAUCAAACUCUUCAGGUUCAUCAUGGAGGAUACACACACACCUGGAGAUCUGGAUUUGUCAGCAGGAUGCAGUUCAGUUCAUCAGAAGAGAGCAGAAGCAGAGCCCAGCUGUGUGUCUAUGAAGAGUGACCGGUCUAUGCACCCACCAAUACAUUUUAAGAGUGGAAACACAGGACCUGCUGUCAGUUCAGUUCAUCAGAAGAGAGCAGAAGCAGAGCCCAGCUGUGUGUCUAUGAAGAGUGACGCGUCUAUGGGUCAACCAAUGACAUUUAAGAGUGAAAACACAGGACCUGCUUUCAGUGUGGCUAGAGAUGAUCAGACUGGAGACCUGCUGCAGGAUUCACUCCAACCAGAACAUGAUGAACUUCAGACAGUCAAAGAGCAGCACAAAACCAGCAUGAAGAACAAGUAUGAGAGAUUAUUUGAGGGAAUUAACCAUGGAGAGACUCAAACCCUCCUGAACAGGAUCUACACACAGCUCUACAUCAUAGAAGGAGAGAGUGAAGGAGUGAAUGAAGAACAUGAGGUUUUACAGAUGGAGAAAAGAGCCAGAACAAAACCCUCACAACACACUCCAGUCUACUGCAAUGACAUGUUUAAAGCCUCAGCUGGAGCAGGACAUGAGGAGAAGAUCAAGCAGGAGAAAGCCAAGAUCAAGACUGUUCUCACUAAAGGCAUCGCUGGAAUCGGGAAAACCAUCUCUGUGCAGAAGUUCAUUCUGGACUGGGCCGAGGGAAAAGACAAUCAGGAUGUAGAUUUCAUGUUUGUGCUUCCAUUUCGAGAGCUGAACUUGAUCAGAGAUCAUCAGUACAGUCUUCACAGACUUCUGCUGGACUUUCAUCCUGAACUUGAAGAUCUGGAGCCCAAGAUUUAUGAGCAGUGUAGAGUUGUGUUCAUCUUUGAUGGUCUGGAUGAAAGCAGAAUCACACUCAACUUUUCAGAUGAGGAGAAAGUUUGUGCUGUGACUGAAUCUUCAUCAGUGGCUGUGUUGAUGCGGAGCCUCCUGAAAGGAGAUCUGCUUCCCUCAGCUCUCAUCUGGAUCACCUCCAGACCUGCAGCAGCCCAUCAGAUCCCCUCCAGAUACAUCAAGCGUCUGACAGAAAUUCAGGGAUUCACUGAGCCUCAGAAGGAGGAAUAUUUCAGGAAGAGAAUCAGCGACAAGCAUCAAGCCAGCAGAAUCAUCUCCCACAUCAGAAGAGCAAGAAGCCUCCAGAUCAUGUGCCACAUACCCGUCUUCUGCUGGAUCUCCUCCACUGUGCUUCAGAAGCUCCUGGAAGAAGAUGUGAGUGCAGAAAUCCCUCAAACUCUGACUGAGAUGUACAUCCACUUCCUGCUGAUUCAGAUCAACAUGAGGAAGCAGAAGUAUGAAGAGAGAGAUCCAGAGAAACUCCUGCAGUCCAACAGAGGAGAGAUCCUCAAACUUGCUGAAGUGGCUUUCAGACAGCUGAUGAAGGGCAAUGUGAUGUUCUAUGAGGAGGACCUGAUUGAGAGCGGCAUAGACGUCACUGACGCCUCGGUGUAUUCUGGGAUCUGCACUGAGAUCUUCAAGGAGGAAUCUGUGAUUUAUCAGAGGAAAGUCUACAGCUUCAUCCAUCUCAGCUUUCAGGAGUUUCUGGCUGCUUUCUUUGUGUUUUACUGCCAUUUAACAAAGAAGAGAAAACCGCUGAGGGGGAUUUAUGACAGAGAAUAUUUAUAUAAUCAAUAUCUACAGUCCAGCUCUGAGAACUCUCUGUGUGAUCUGCUCAGUACAGCAGUAGAUAAAGCUGUCAGGAGUAGUAAUGGUCAUCUGGAUCUGUUCCUGCGGUUCCUGCUGGGCGUCUCAUUGGAGUCCAAUCAGAGACUCUUCCAGGAUCUGCUGACACACACAGGGGAGAGCUCAGAGAGCAUCAGGAGAAUUACACAGUACAUUAAAGACAAGAUCAAGACAGAUAAACAUCUCUCAGCUGAAAGAUCCAUCAAUCUGUUCCUCUGUCUGCUGGAGGUGAAAGAUCAGACUCUGGCCAGAGAGAUUCAGGAGUUUGUGAAAUCAGACAAACACUCAGAGGAGGAACUCUCUCCUGCUCACUGCUCAACAAUCUCCUACAUGAUUGAGAUGUCAGAGGAGCCGCUGGAUGAGUUAGACUUUAAUAAAUUCAAUACAUCAGCUGAGGGAAGACGGAGACUGACAGCAGCUGUGAGAAACUGCAGAAGAGCUCUGUGA